AUGUCAAGAAUCGGUAACCCCGAAAUUGAUAAAUUUCUUCAAAAGAGCCAACUUAGGGCAAUUUAUCCCCACGAAGUUUUGGAAUUUAUUCCUUAUGAAAAGUUUACUAAUGUUGAAAUGAGAAGACCACUAUAUCAACAAAAGUUUCGAGUUUUAUCAGCAUUGGUUAGCGAGUUAAGAACCAUUGAAACGGAAGCAUUUAAGCAAUUAAAAGCCACUCAGUGUGCUUAUUGUAAAAGGAAGAAUUUAGUUAAUGCUUAUGUUUAUGAAACUAAUUCAGUUACUGGGGUUAAAACAGUAUUUUGUGAUACCUACAACAGCUUAAUUCUGGAAAGAAAGAACUUGAAAGUUCCCAAUUUCACUUAUGAAGAAUUAGAAGCAGCCCAAGCUAGAGAAGAGUUAGAAAAUUAUGUUCAACAAAAAAUAGCAGAAAUUAAACAAAUUAGAGAAAGCUUAAAUCAGGAACAAAAUAAUUGUCCCCAAUGUCAUCAACCACUAACUGGUGAAUGA